CUCGGUGCCGACUGGGCCCUCCCGCCCGGGCGGCGGCAGGGUCGGGGAGGGCAGCGGCAGCUCCACGAGUUCCUGCUCCCCGUGCCUGAGGCGCGCACAGGGGGUUGGUUCGAGCGUCGUGGCUGCGGGUCGCCGGCAGCGGGAGCGGCCGGAGCAGGGGCGGCGGCGGGAGGGGUGUUGUGCAGAAGCCGCCGAUGCCGCUGUGAGAUGGCAUCAUUCUGCGCGGCGGCGGCGGCAGCAGCGGAGUGCGGCGCGGAGGGGUGAGGAGCCGCCGCGGCGGAGAAGAAGAAGAAGAAGAGGAAGAAAAAGGUGGGAGGAAGGAGAAGGAGGCGGCAGCAGCUGUGAGGCUGCGAGCCACGGCUAAAGCCUAAACUUCUGACAUGGCCACAGCCUCACCGAGAUCUGAUACAAGUAACAACCAUAAUGGAAGAUUACAGAUGCAAGUAACAGUUUCUAGUGCCAAACUGAAACGGAAAAAGAAUUGGUUUGGAACAACUUUCUACACGGAAUUAACUGCAGAUGGAGAAAUUAAGAAAACAGCAAAAUCAAGUAGUUCUUCAAAUCCAAAAUGGGAUGAGCAGCUGACAGUGAAUGUGACUCCACAGACUACGCUGGAAUUUAGAGUGUGGAGCCAUCACACUUUAAAAGCAGAUGCUUUAUUAGGAAGAGCCACUGUAGACUUGAGACAAGCUUUGGAAAUACACAAUAGAAAAUUGGAGAAGGUGAAAGAACAGUUGAAACUCUCUUUGGAAAACAAGAGUGGCAUGGUGCAAACAGGUGAACUGACAGUUGUGCUAGAUGGUUUGGUUGUUGAACAGGAAUCUCUUACAAAUCUCAGUUCAUCAGCAACCAUAGAAGUUCAGCAAAAUGGCGAGGCUGUGCAUGAAAGCAGAGAUGCUUCGGCAAGAAGUACAUCCAGAUCUGCUUGUGACAUUUCUAAUGGAAUAGACAAUCAAGUACCAUCCAACUCUGUAGUGCAGAAUACGUUCUGUAUAGAAGCUGUUAAUGGAGACAGCACACCAUCUCCUACUCACGUUGCAACCAGACCCAAAAAUGCACCAGUACCAAAACCACUUGAAGCUCAACCUGUCAACAGCACUGCUAAUGGCGAGUCAUCCACCUCCGCACCAGAAGCUGGUGAUUCUUCUGUCUCUGAGGCUCUGACAGGUUCAGCUGAAGCUCCCAUGCCUUCAGAUUGCACUAACACCACAGCAGAACCUCAGUCAACAACAGAAGCAGCUAACUCUUCUGAAAGCCAUGCUUCUACGUUACCAGCUGCAUCUGCUGGACUGGAACCUACAGCUGCAACAGACUGUGCUCAGCCUAAUGCUAGAAACAGUACAUCAGCAGAUGCAGCAAAACCAAGAGAGUCCUCCUCCUCCUCCUCAAGUACAUCUGCAGAACCUGUAAGACAGCAGCCUGGUAACACCUGUACAGAGCCUUUGCCACCAGGGUGGGAACAAAGGAAGGAUCCUCACGGUAGAACCUAUUAUGUUGAUCACAACACACGAACUACAACAUGGGAAAGACCACAGCCCUUACCUCCUGGCUGGGAACGAAGAGUUGAUGAUCGUGGGAGAGUUUACUAUGUGGAUCACAACACCAGAACAACAACGUGGCAGCGACCAACAAUGGAAUCGGUCAGGAACUUUGAGCAAUGGCAAUCUCAACGGAAUCAACUGCAGGGAGCUAUGCAACAAUUUAACCAACGAUACCUCUAUUCGGCUUCAAUGUUGUCAGCAGAAAAUGAUCCACUUGGGCCUUUACCACCAGGCUGGGAAAGGAGAGUGGAUUCAAAUGAUAGGGUGUAUUUUGUAAAUCAUAACACAAAGACAACACAGUGGGAAGACCCUCGAACUCAAGGUUUACAAAAUGAGGACCCUCUUCCAGAGGGCUGGGAAAUCAGAUAUACCAGAGAAGGUGUCCGAUACUUUGUUGACCAUAAUACGAGAACCACCACCUUCAAUGAUCCUCGUACUGGGAAAUCUUCUGUAAAUAAAGGGCCACAGAUUGCAUAUGAGCGUAGCUUUAGGUGGAAACUUGCUCAUUUCCGUUACUUGUGUCAGUCCAAUGCACUGCCAAGCCAUGUGAAAAUCAAUGUAUCCCGACAGACUUUGUUUGAGGAUUCCUUCCAGCAAAUUAUGGCAUUAAAACCCUAUGAUUUGAGGAGAAGAUUAUAUGUUAUAUUCAGAGGAGAAGAAGGAUUGGAUUAUGGUGGUUUGGCAAGAGAAUGGUUUUUCUUGCUUUCCCAUGAAGUACUGAACCCUAUGUACUGCCUAUUUGAAUAUGCUGGCAAGAGCAACUAUUGCCUGCAGAUCAAUCCAGCAUCAACAAUCAAUCCUGACCAUCUUUCAUAUUUCUGUUUCAUUGGGCGCUUUAUUGCCAUGGCAUUGUUUCAUGGGAAAUUUAUUGACACUGGGUUUUCUUUGCCUUUCUACAAACGAAUGCUGAGCAAAAAACUUACCAUUAAGGACCUAGAAUCUAUUGAUACUGAAUUUUACAACUCCCUAAUUUGGAUAAGGGAUAACAACAUUGAAGAGUGUAACUUGGAAAUGUACUUUUGUGUCGAUAUGGAGCUCUUGGGAAAAGUAACCUCACAUGAGCUGAAAUCAGGAGGUUCAAAUAUCUUGGUAACUGAGGAGAACAAAGAAGAAUAUAUUGGGCUAAUGGCUGAGUGGCGAUUUUCUCGGGGAGUUAGAGAACAAACCAAAGCUUUUCUUGAUGGUUUUAAUGAAGUUGUUCCUCUACAGUGGCUACACUAUUUUGAUGAAAAGGAGCUGGAGGUUAUGCUCUGUGGUAUGCAAGAAGUUGAUCUAGCAGACUGGCAGAGGAACACUGUUUAUCGUCAUUAUACAAGGAACAGCAAGCAAAUCAUAUGGUUCUGGCAGUUUGUAAAAGAAACAGACAACGAGGUUCGCAUGCGACUGCUGCAGUUUGUCACUGGCACUUGCAGAUUACCGCUGGGUGGAUUUGCUGAACUCAUGGGAAGUAAUGGUCCUCAGAAAUUCUGCAUUGAAAAAGUUGGUAAGGAAACCUGGUUACCAAGAAGUCACACUUGUUUUAAUCGUUUGGAUUUGCCACCAUAUAAAAGCUAUGAACAACUGAAAGAGAAGCUGCUCUUUGCCAUUGAAGAAACAGAGGGAUUUGGUCAAGAGUAGAAGUGGCUUCUAGUCACAGAGGAGAUCUUGCAUAAUGAAAGGCCCAGCCAAGUAAAAUUGCACACUUAAUUGUAUAUAAGCUUUUUGUUCUGUACAGUGAUCUUUCUGGAACUCUAAAGUAUAAUUGUUCUACGUUCUUCCACAAAGAUAUGCAAAACAGUUCAGCCUUUUCUACUUUUAUUUAUUGCCCUUCCAAAAGACAAGACAAACCCCUCAAAUUUUGAAAGCAGACAAGAGACUUAUUUAAAAUAUAUAUAAAAAAUAUAAAUAUAUAUACUAAUAGGCUCUAGUUUUAUAGAGCUUUAAGUGUAUGAACAGUUGCAGCCAUUGAAAAGGGCCUGGAUUUGCUUUAUCUUGGCUUGAUUAUUCAGAAAAAAAAAAUGUUUAAACUGCUCUGUGUUCUUUCUUAAGAAACAUCUCCAAGUUUGUUUUAUUGCAUGGCUGUUCUAAAAGGUGUUAAAGGCUUAGGCCAAAUGUAUCCUAAAUAUGUAGAAAGAUGCUGCUGGUAUUUGAGACGACAGAACAUGUUGUUCUGUCAGUUUAAUUUUUUUAAUACAUAAAUAGCUGAUAGAUCCCUCUACUGAUGUAGCCAAGGUCAUGAAUAAAGCCUUUACUACUUGCACAAGAGUCAUGUACAAUAAGAUGAAUGUGUUUUAACGUUGAAAGGAACUGGUGCCACUGUUCUGACUUGUUAUGGGAGCUGAACAGAAUAUUUUAAUUCGUUUGGGCAGCAUUGAAAUUUGUUUACAUAUUACCUUGGGUUAUUACCACGAGGGUGUUAGGUAAUCUUCAAAGAAAAAAAAAGAAGUAACAAUAAAAGAGAAAAUAUUACACAUUCUCUCCUUGGUCUGGUGUCUCACAGGUUUCUUUUUUCUUCUUUUUGUCUUCUUUUUUUUUUUGUUGUUGCUUCCCUUUUCAGUCGGUGAUGUCCUUUUUACAGCUUUGUAGAGUAUAUUAAUGUACACUGAACUAUAAGGGUAUACAGAAGGUAAUGUGAACAUUGCUGCUUCCUGUGUUCAUGUUCAGUUUCAGCUAUUGGAUCUAGUAAACCUGAAUAAAAUGAAAGUUACAUCAGCUUUGCACAGAUAAAAGCAUUCUUUGGGUAUCACAUACUCUCAAAUUUCUUUAGUUCUUACAGAAAUUCAGAUGUACCUGAAUUAAGGAUGUCUGAAACCUGUUGCUGGUUUUAUGUAGGUCAAGUUUGUCCUAAGUGCCCAGUAAUAUAGAGCCACUUAAAAAUGAGCUUGGUUGGCACUGAGGGCAUUUGCUGAACUGCAAAGAUGUGUUUUAAAAAGCAAAGAAUUGACAUUUCGACGCCUUAUUCAUGUGAAUGAGAUCAAAUGUGAUUUUUAGCAAACUGUUCCUCCUUAUUGGAGUCAAAACAUGUUUAACAUCACCAUUUGUAUUAUGCUUUAAAUACUAACUGUAAAAUUCAUUGCAUUUAACUUAGAAUUUUCUAUGGACACGACAGGUUUCUUAGAAUAGAAUUAAAACCACUUCUGUAAUGUAUGGGAUUGCACUGUUAAAAGUGUACAUGCAGGAAAAAAGAGCUCUAUCUGCUUGUGUAUCUUUCCAAUACAGCAACUUUAUUCUGCUGAAUUUUAUUUUUCUACAUAUUGGAUUCUCUCAAGGCCUUGGAAGCUCUGCACAUGGCAUACUGUGGAGCUGUAACCUCUACCUGGCUAUGGUAACGGCGGUGGUGCAAGGGGCCCAACAGACCGCUAGCUUACAGGAACGGGUUUUUCAUACUACACCAAAUAUCUUCUGUACAAUCAUGCUCAUAAAUAACAGCAUUAAGUUAAUUUGGAGUGCAAAUUCGUUUAAAUUCUGACCAGGUUGGGUUAGAAUGGAGGAGCUUUGGGAAAAACA